AUGGGUGCUAAUGCAUCUAACUAUCCUCAUUCAUGUUCCCCGAGGGUAGGGGGAAAUUCUCAAGCCCAACAGACUUUUAUAGGGACAUCAUCCUAUUCUCAGCAAGGCUAUGGUUGUGAAUCAAAAUUAUAUAGCCUUGACCAUGGCCAUGAGAAACCACAAGACAAAAAAAAGAGAACCUCUGGCCUUGCCACCCUCAAAAAGAAGUUUAUUAAGCGUCGAAAAUCGAAUAGGUCUGCUGAUCAUGCCAAGCAGAUGCGAGAACUCCUCUCCGGUUGGGAUGUUAGAGAUGUCAAUGCAUUAGUGGAAGAAUACGAGGGAACUUCAGCCUUAAAGGAACUUUCUUUACAAGCCAGUUUGGCUAGACCAGAAGCCCGGACAUUGCAGAAGGAUAUGGCCGAUCUUUAUGAGUAUAAGUAUUGUACUGAUGUAGACUUAAUAUUUCAGGAAACUUGUUUUCCUGUUCAUCGUGCCAUUUUGGCAGCAAGGUGUCCAUUUUUUAAAACACUGCUUUCUUCCUCACCUGAGUAUGGGGCAGAGAUCAUAAUGGACAUCAGUACAGCUGGUAUAGAUAUGCCUAUGUUUUCUGCUUUGUUACACUACCUUUAUACUGGAGAGUUUGGGAUGGAGGACUCAAGGUUUCAAAAUGUCGAUAUCCUCGUUCAGCUUAGUGAAGAAUUUGGAACACCAAAUUCCCUUGAUGUAGAUAUGCGUGGACUUUUUGAUUACAUGUGUUAUUACGAUGUCGUCCUUAGUUUUUCUUCAGACUCUGAACUGGUUGAAGCUUUUGGUGGAAAUCAGAACUGUUUAGAUGAAGAGCACAAAGCUCACAAAGCUGUUAUUUCGGCACGGUCCCCAUUUUUUCGAAAUUUAUUACAAAGGAGGAUACGGACUGGUGAAGAAAUCACAGACCGAACUUUGAGGACUCCCACAAGAAUUAUAUUAGAUGAGUCCAUUAUACCAAAAAAAUAUGCAAAAGUUAUAUUACACUGUAUGUAUACAGAUGUGGUGGACCUCUCCGUUUUGCACUGUAGCCCCUCUGUGGGGAGUCUCAGUGAAGUUCAGGCUCUCGUCGCAGGGAAACCAAACAUGACCAGGGCAGAAGAAGCCAUGGAACUUUACCACAUAGCACUGUUCUUGGAAUUUAACAUGCUUGCACAAGGCUGUGAGGAUAUCAUUGCUGAGAGCAUCUCAUUAGAUACCUUAAUUGCCAUCCUCAAGUGGAGCUCUCAUCCAUAUGGCUCUAAAUGGGUGCACCGACAAGCUUUACAUUUCCUCUGUGAGGAAUUUUCCCAGGUCAUGACAUCGGAUGUUUUUUAUGAGCUCAGCAAAGACCAUCUACUUACUGCUAUCCAGUCUGACUACCUACAGGCAAGUGAACAAGAUAUCCUUAAAUAUCUGAUUAAAUGGGGUGAGCACCAGCUGAUGAAAAGAAUAGCAGACAGAGAGCCAAACUUACUGAGUGGCACUGCUCAUAGUGUGAACAAAAGAGGUGUGAAAAGACGGGACCUGGACAUUGAAGAGCUUCGAGAGAUCCUUUCCUCUCUCUUACCUUUUGUUCGCGUUGAACACAUCUUACCUAUAAACAGUGAAGUCCUAAGUGAUGCAAUGAAAAGAGGCUUGAUCAGUACUCCUCCAUCAGAUAUGCUUCCUACAUCAGAAGGUGGAAAGUCAAAUGCCUGGUUACGGCAAAAAAAUGCUGGAAUCUAUGUUCGUCCUCGACUCUUCUCUCCCUAUGUGGAGGAAGCAAAGUCAGUGCUAGAUGAGAUGAUGGUGGAACAAACAGAUCUUGUGCGUUUACGAAUGGUUAGAAUGUCCAAUGUGCCAGACACACUUUACAUGGUCAACAAUGCCGUACCACAGUGCUGUCACAUGAUCAGCCACCAGCAGAUCAGCAGUAACCAAUCAAGCCCUCCUUCGGUGGUAGCCAAUGAGAUUCCAGUUCCCCGUCUCCUCACUUUGAAAGACAUGGUCAGACGUCUGCAGGAGCUCCGACACACCGAGCAGGUGCAGAGAGCCUACGCGCUCAACUGUGGGGAAGGCGCCACCGUCAGCUACGAAAUCCAGAUCCGAGUCCUGAGAGAGUUUGGUCUUGCCGAUGCUGCUGCAGAGCUCUUGCAGAAUCCUCACAAGUUCUUUCCUGAUGAACGUUUUGGGGAUGAAAGUCCGCUCUUGACACUGAGACAGUCUGGGAGAUGUCGUGUUAACAGCACCCCCACUGCAGAAACCAUGUUUACAGAUCUAGACUCUUUUGUGGCCUUCCAUCCACCCUUGCCCCCUCCACCACCUCCGUACCACCCCCCAGCAACCCCCAUCCAUAACCAACUCAAAGCAGGCUGGAAGCAAAGACCUCCCAGUCAGCAUCCUUCACGUUCAUUUUCUUAUCCCUGUAAUCAUUCACUGUUUCACUCCAGAACGGCUCCCAAAGCCUGCCCCCCUCCAGUCUAUCUGCCAGGUGUUAAAGCCCCAGCACCUGACUGCACCAACACCACAGGGCUGGGGAGACAGACAGUAGCUGCCGCCGCCGCCACCGCCUCCACAGCAAUAGCAUCUGAGAAACAAGUGUGUACACAGCCUGUGCUCAAUGACCUAAUGCCGGAUAUUGCCAUGGGUGUGUCCACAUUGUCACUCAAGGACAGGAGGCUUCCAGAGCUUGCUGUAGACACAGAGUCAAGCCAGUCGGUUUCUGAAGCAGGACCAGGGCCUCCCCAGCAUCUGGUGUGUGUCCCGCAGAGGCAUAUACACACGUCUCGAAAGAAACACACACUAGAGCAAAAGACAGAUGCUCGAGAAAAUCAGCAGGAAUAUCCGGAUUUCUAUGACUUCUCAAAUACUGCUUGCAGACCUUCUACUCCCGCUCCUGGCAGACGCACCCCUUCCCCUUCACAAGGUGGGUAUCUGGGUCCUGAUUUGUACAGCCACAACAAGGCAUCACCGAGUGGCUUAAAGUCAGCCUACCUGCCUGGCCAGACCUCUCCUAAAAAGCAGGAAGAAGCUAGGAGAGAGUAUCCGCUGUCCCCUGAUGGGAAUCUCCACAAACAAAAGAAGGAGCCGAUACACCUGGAUGUCAUUGAGCAACCUCCCCAGCGGUCAGACUUCCCGCUGGCAACCGCAGACAGUGCUGGCAGUGGCCCAGCGCAUGGCAGGGGGCGGACAGCAGUGGAAACCGACUUGACGUUUGGGCUGACUCCUAACAGACCUUCGCAUCCUGCAUGUGGCUCUGAAGCUCCAGAGGAGAGGUCCGGGAGAAGACUAGCUGACAGCGAGUCCCUGGGCCACGGAGCUCAGCGAAGUGUGGAUUUGGAAAGGGAGGAUUCAGUGAGCAGAGGAAGGAGGUCACCAAGCAAACCGGACUUCCUCUACAAAAAGUCUGCCCUCUGA